CGGGGGCGUGGGCGGAGCCGGGCGGCGCCAUCGCCGCCGGCCAAGCGGCGGCGCGUGGAGGAGCCGGAGGAGGAGGUGGUGGUCGCGGGGGAGGAGGAGGAGGAGGAGGUGGAAACAUGUGAAACCGACGGCGACGGCAGCAGCAGCGACGAGAUGAGGACGGUGGCGGCGAUGGGGAGCGCGCCCCUGCUCGGCACCACCGUCGACGAGGAGGAUUUCUCGCCGCCGAGCACCAGCGGCCGCGGCCGCGGCGGCAGGAAGCAGGGACGCGGGAGGGGUGGGAAUUCGUGCCACCAAUGCAAGAGGGUGAAGCCGCGGCCGGAGGAGAUGGUCAGGUGCCAGCUCUGCGGCGACAAGGUCUUCUGCGCCGCAUGCAUCAAGAACAAGUACCCGGAGAUGCAGCAGGCCGAGGUUAGAGAUAAGUGCCCUUUCUGUCGAAAUAUCUGCAACUGCACUCGCUGCAAUCCCAGUGACAAGUCGGAUGGACCCAGGAACCCAUUUGUCAGGAGAUGUAACAGCAGUAGUUCAGUAAAACGGAGAGUGAAGACUGCUGCCUCAGGUUUAAGAUGCAGGGUUGAUACUGCGGCACUACAGGCAAAAGCAAUUGAUAAAUUAGAAGCUAACAGUAGGAUAAACAAUGAAUCUGCCAUGUUAGAUAAGGCAGAUACACUAGAUGUCAGGACUGAUGAGGUUGACACUGAAACUAAAAGCAAAUAUGCCAACUACAUGCUACACUACUUGGCGCCACAUUUGACAAAGCUGAACAAGGACCAGAUGAGUGAGAUAGAAAAGGAGGCUAAAAUUCAAAGAUUGGAAUUGUCUCAGUUGAGUGUGGAGCAGGCUGCCUGCCGGCAUGAUGAGAGAGUAUUCUGUGACCAUUGCAAAACUUCAAUCUUUGAUCUGCAUAGAAGCUGUCCAGGCUGCUCCUAUGAAUUAUGCAUCGUCUGUUGUAAGGAGCUCCGCGAAGCCAAACUUAUGGGCUCUUGUAAGGAAGAACUGUUCUCUUAUCCUAAUAGAGGACCUGACUACAUGCAUGGUGGUGAUGGUGAUUCAGUACCAGAGUUGAUAAACUACAAACAAGGAGACCUGUCUAGCAACCAAUCUAAGGACAUACAGUGGCGUGUUGAUUCUGACAAGAUUUAUUGUCCUCCAACUGAACUUGGUGGGUGUGGUAAUCAUAUUCUUCAGUUGAGACGAAUAUUUUCAAAAGACUGGUUGAGUAAACUCGAAGUGGAUGCUUUCCAAAUGCGUAAACAAUUAGAACCAUCUGAUAUUAUCGGUAGAGACACUUGUGAGUGCUCAUGUUCUACUGAUCAUGCAAGUUCAAGGAAAGCUGCCAGCAGAGAGGAUUCGACUGAUAACUACAUAUACUGCCCUACAUUGGAUAAUGGAAAGCCAGAAGAUCUCACACACUUCCAGAAGCAUUGGGUGAAAGGCGAACCCGUAAUUGUUCAACAGGUUCUCAAGAAAAUGUCAUGUUUGAGUUGGGAGCCACCAGAUAUGUGGUCUAAAGUACAUGGCACCGGCACUAGUCCUGAGAUGAAAAACGUGAAGGCUAUUGAUUGUUUAUCUUGCUGUGAGGUCGAGAUAUGCACUCAAGACUUCUUCAAUGGGUAUUAUGAAGGUCGGAUGUAUCAAAAUCUAUGGCCUGAAAUGCUUAAAUUGAAGGACUGGCCUACAUCAAAUCAUUUUGAAGAGCUUUUGCCUUCCCAUGGAGUUAAAUACAUGAAUUCUUUACCUUUUCAACCAUACACAAACUUGAAGUCUGGUUUGCUGAAUGUCUCAACCUUGCUUCCUGAUGACAUCUUAAAGCUUGACAUGGGCCCAAAAUCAUAUAUAGCUUAUGGCUAUGCACAGGAACUUGGUAGAGGAGAUUCUGUUACAAAGCUUCACUGCGAUUUGUCUGAUGCAGUUAACGUUUUGAUGCAUACUGCUGAAGUUGACCCUUCCGAGGAACAAAUAGAUGCAAUAAAAAGUUUGAAAAGAAGACAUACAGCGCAAAAUGAAAAGGAGUGUUCUGGGAAUGCAGACGGAAAUUAUACAUCUCCUAAAAUCUGUGGGGAUGCAAAUGAGUUGUCCUGUCCUAUAAACAGUGAGACCAACAAGGGAGGUGCUUUAUGGGAUAUUUUUAGGAGGGAAGAUGUUCCAAAACUGAAAUUGUAUCUCGACAAGCAUUCUAAGGAAUUUCGCCAUAUAUACUGUUCUGCAGUUCAAAAGGUAUGUAACCCUGUACAUGAUGAAACAUUUUAUCUAACAGAAGAACACAAGAGAAAACUCAAGGAGGAGCAUGGAAUUGAGCCUUGGACAUUUGUACAAAAACUUGGGGAGGCAGUAUUCAUUCCUGCUGGGUGUCCUCAUCAAGUACGGAAUCUUAAGUCCUGCACCAAGAUUGCCUUGGAUUUUGUAUCACCCGAGAAUGUUAAGGAGUGUCUCAGCUUAACCGAGGACUUCCGAAGACUUCCUAAGAACCACAGGGCCAAAGAAGACAAAUUAGAGAUGGCAGGGUGGUGGGGGUGGUCGGCGCGGUGGCGGGCGCGGGCGUCUUGUUGGAGGAGACCGACGGCGCGGUGGUCAGCGCUGCCGCGAGGUCCUGCACCAGCCGCAUCCCCGUCCUUAGUACCGCCGCCGUCGAACUCCAUCUUCUUGAGCGUGACGACGAUGGAGGGCGGCGCCUUCUUGGCGCGCGCGGUGGUGAUGGCACCGGAGUGGUCGUCCUCGUUGUCGGAGCCCGCGGUCGAGCCUCUCCGACUCCUGCGCCGACCACCCUCGCCACCCUGGCCCCCGCCGUGGCACCCACCACCCUGGCUCCGGCCACUACGAUGCUUCCUCUCCCUCGGUCGAGGCUCCCGUCGCAAGCGCCGUUGUCCACCGUCUUGGGGAUCCCCGUCGUGGCGCUCGCCAAGCCGCCGCCGCCAGAGCUUGGAUAGCCCGCCUCGCUCGCCUGCUCCGCCGCCUACCCGCUCGUCCGCUCCGGCACUCCCGGGACCGCCAGAGCUUGGACAGCCUGCCUCGCUCGCCUGCUCCGCCGCCCACCCACUCGUCCGCUCCGGCACUCCCGGGAAGAAAAGAGAUAGGGGAGAGGGAAGAAGAGGAGUGAGGAUGAGGAAGAAGAGAGAGAAAGGAGAGGGAUGAAGGGAGGAGUGAGGGUGACAUGUGGGGCCCAUGUGGGCCCUACCAUUUUUAAAUUAUUUUUUGUGUAACUGACAUGUGGGUCCCAUGGGUUUUA